AUGCGGAUAUUGUUCUUUGCUGGACUAUUGACCUCCUUGGUUCGACUUGUCUACAGUCAAACUAGCUCAGCCCAAGACAUGUCAAUAUUUCUCGAUCGCAAGAAUCAGAAUACUGUCCAGACAGCAUUAGCAUCCACUGUGCCUAAUACUUGGAUCAAUAACUUGACAUCUCAAGGCACAUGGCCAGACAUUGACUACUCUACUGGCUGCGAUGGAAGACGAGCCAACUGGCCAGCCCAAUAUCACUUCCAACGCAUUGUUACAAUGGCAAGUCUGUGGUAUGUCAACCAGUCAGACAAUACUCUCCUUGAAAAAUCCUCUCUGGCUAUGGACUAUUGGUUUAGUAACAACUACGUUCCAGAUUCGUGUAUUGACAUGGGCGGGCUGAGUAACAAUACAUGUCCUUGCGGCACACCUGGUUUCUGGAGUACAAACUGGUUUGGACAAAUGAUUCUUAUGCCUAGAAUAAUUAGCAAUGCGUGUCUACUACUCAAGCCUAAUUUGACAGGCACACAGCUGGGGAACUGCACAAGUGUGACAAAGAGAUCGUUUGACAAGGUGGACGACUUUAUCUUUUCCAUCGGCUACAUGACUGGAUCAAAUAUGCUUGAUGUGUCGUCCAUUGGGAUGGCAGAGGCCCUCUUGACAAACAACCUGACCUUAAUGACCCGAGCGCUUGACUACUUUUACAAGCAGCUCUCCAUCACACCGUCCAACCAAGACGGCAUCAAACAAGAUGGCUCUUUCCUUCAGCAUUUCGGACAACUGUAUACCGGAAACUACGGAAAAGAUUUUAUCAAUAGUGUUUUGCGGAUCUUUCUUCAGACAGCAGAUACCGCAUUUGCCCCUUCUCUAGACACCCAAUCAGCUUUCGAGAUCCUUCUGGAAGGUACCGAGUGGAUGAUUGUGGGGCAUCCUAACCAGACCCUUUGGUGGGACUAUAGCACUAUCGGACGGAUGGUCUCAUUUCCGGUUAGCAGCCAGCAGGCUAGCGGGGGAGUGGCGAUCAACAUAAGUCAAAUUACGGAGGCCACGACCGGAUGGCCCCAUCAACCGGCACUUGUGGACAUUGUGGAUCGCCUAAGGACCAACACUACCAACAGCCCCAACCGAGGACCGUUGCUAGGUACCCGUCACUUUUACUCAUCCGAUUAUCUUGUUCACCGCACGCGUCAGGCAAUCGUUACACUCAAGAUGUACUCUAAGCGUACUACCAAUGGCGAGUGUAACAAUAGCCAGAACCCAUAUGGUUUUCAUUUGAGCGACGGAGCUAUUUAUACCUAUCGAACCGGAGAGGAAUAUGUAGACGUAUUUGCCAGCUGGGACUGGAACCUUGUGCCGGGCACAACUGUUGAUGUGGGAAAGACUCCCUUGGAGUGUAAUCUAACCCAAUGGACGGGUGUCGAGUCAUUUGUUGGUGGUGCGACUCACGGUGAUAUUGGCAUAGCUGUAAUGAAUUACACAAACCCAAUGACGCACAAGCUCUCCUGGCAAAAGACUUUUGUGUUCUUUCCCCAGGGCUAUGCCGUCCAGCUAAACAAUGUCCGUCCCGAUCCACAGAACGUUACUACCACACUUGAUCAGCGUCGAUUGAACGGGCCGGUCUACAUCAACCGGCAGGCUGUUGCUGAUGGCUCUACUGUCUCUGUCUCGGUCAAAGCCAACGAGCAUAUGUCUGUGUGGCAUGAUCGUAUUGGUUACACCCUGAUUGCAGACGAGCUCCAGAUUAACACUGCACCUAAGCAAGGCAACUGGUCUACCUUGGGUAUAUCGAAUGACACUCAGACCAUGGCUUUAUUUACGCCUACGACUACCAAUCUUCAGGCGUAUCUUGUCCAGAUUGAUGUUGAGCCAGACUAUGUACCUCUUAUUCCAGGCUUUGUUUUGGUCCAGAAUAAUACCGGCACAGCCGAAGUACGCGGUGCCUACACGCCUGAUUUCUGGGUUCUUGCUUUCUGGAGUUCGGGCAGCUAUAUAUCAAAGACUGUAUCUAUUACUGUUGACCGUCCGAUCGUUUUAAUACUGCAGCCUACAAUUAGCGUCUCUACUCGCCAAUGGGAUCUUUCUGUUGCGGAUCCCAGCCAGACCAUUGCGUCUGUUCACAUUGAUGUACAGUGGCCACAACAGCCUGUACAACCAUUUGAUGUCACUUUACCAUCUGGAAAUGAGGCAGGAAAUUCAGUGCUUGUAUCUUUUUAAAUUAAGAAAAUAUAAAAGAUAAAAACACCAGCACAGACACCUGUCAUUAAAGUGUAUUAUGGGUAGCUUUCUUUAUUGUAUUUAUUUCUAAAUAUCUAUACAC